AAUAGGUACUACUUCUCAAAUAAGUAGUAUCAUCUAUCUUCUCAUUAUAAUAUAUUUUUUGGGAUCUACUUAUAAAGAUAUAGAGUUAUUGGUGGGAGUGAUUUAGUGCUUAUUAAGUACUAUUAUUAAAAAUUUAUAAACUAGUGAUAUGUACAAGUGAAACAGAGUUAAAUACUCAAAAUAAGAAUGCUCCAUUGCGGAUGCUGCACGAUUAAGCUACUAGAUAUUUUAGGAUAUUUUGGUUGUGAUUAGUGGUGGUGGCUCAAUGGGUGAGCAAAGAUAUUGAACUUGAAGUGACGUGGCCAGCUAUCUAUCGCUAACAAAAUAUCAACCCACAGCCACACUAACUACUAAAUAUCUAUUUCUCUUUCCUUUUUCACUUUUCCUCUCUUUUUCUUUCCACGUCAUUUCCCUUUUGCUAUCUUACGCCCCCAUUUUCACCCACUUUAUUCCUUCUCCUUCUUCCUUUUCAGCGCACGUUAGUCCCCACCAGCAUCCAUCGCAAAUUUUCCAAUCCCGCAAACCCCAUUUUCAUUUCCAGUUUUCUUCCUUUUGGGUCACCAAAAAAUUUGAUUUUUUUCUUAACUAUUAGAUUUUUCCAAGUCCUCUUUGAUUUUCCAAUUGUGAUUUUUUUUGGGAUAAAGUGGGUGAUGAUGAGAAUAGUUUAUGAAUUUCAAUUUCAUAGAUGUAAUUAAUUAAGGAUUUGGGUUAAAAAUUUGGUUUUGGAUGGAAGUUAGGUUGUUUUAGUAUUGAUUUGUGUUUAGUUUAGGGCAAAGGAGUUAAGAUGGAGAUUGAGGAACUUAUUGAUUUGAAUAGCAAAGAGAGUAAUUGUGGUGGAAAUAAUAGCAAGAAUGGUGAUGGAUUCAUUGAUAGGAGUAAAGUUAGGAUUUUGCUUUGUGAUAAUGAUUCCAAGAGUUCAGAAGAGGUUUUUACUCUUCUUUUGAAUUGCUCUUAUCAGGUUACGUCUGUAAGAUCAGCAAGGCAAGUUAUUGAUGCAUUGAAUGCGGAAGGGCAAUAUAUAGAUAUCAUACUAGCUGAAGUUGACCUUCCAACCAAAAAGGGCAUGAAGAUGUUGAAAUACAUAGCACGGGAUAAAGAAUUGCGCCGAAUCCCUAUUAUAAUGAUGUCUGCACAAGACGAGGUAUCAAUUGUUGUUAAGUGCUUAAGACUCGGAGCAGCAGAUUAUCUAGUAAAGCCUUUACGCACUAAUGAACUAUUGAAUUUGUGGACACACAUGUGGAGACGGAGACGGAUGCUUGGACUUACAGAGAACAACAUCUGUAGUUAUGAUUUUGAUAUGGUAGCAUCAGACCCAAGUGAUGCCAAUACAAACAGUACCACCUUGUUAUCUGAUGACACAGAUGACCGGUCCAAAAGAAGCACUAAUCCAGAGCCUGUAAUUCCAAUCCAACAAGAACAAGAGGCCAGUAGUGCCACUGCUGCUGCUUCUGCUGCUGCUGCUGCUUCUGUUAUUGAGGAGCUUCCAUAUGCUCGUGCAUCAGAAUAUCAGCCUGAUGUACCCGGAAUUAGUGAUCGGAGAACAGGUUCUUUAGGACAACAUCCACCAUGCAACAGAGUUACAGAUGGUAGCUUUGAUGGACAUUUUUCAUCAGGUCCAAAGAAGAGUGAACUAAGAAUUGGAGAGUCAUCAGCCUUUCUUACUUAUGUCAAAACAACAACCAAGAAGAGCAACUUUGAAGAGACUGCUCAUGUCGAUAAUAAUGGUACUUCACAAGCAAGGGUGGAAGAUAUGAUGAAUCAAGCAUGUUCUCAACAAGGGGGUAAUGACCUUAUAAGACAUGAAAAUGGAGAAAUGUUUGAAAGCCAUUCACAAGAUGACUUACCUAGAAGCAAUAGUAUCCCCGAUUCUUUCUCUGUUGACAGAUCAUGUACCCCACCUGCAUCAAUGGAGGUUUCACAGCAAAAUAAUUACAAUGAAGAACAUCCACAUGGGGUGGUUCAUCCAAGAAACGGAAGUUAUGGUUCUCAGCUCGACCAAUCAGGCAUGCAUGCCCAACAUGCUUAUCCAUAUUAUACACCAGGAGGUUUUAAUCAUGUUAUGAUGUCAUCAGCACAAAUGUAUCAAAAGAAUAUUCAGGACCUUCAGAGUCAUGUUAGUUCAUCUAUGAUUGCCCAGUACAAUAACGUUCCCCAAUGUCCACCUCAUGCAACUGGGAUGACACCGUUCCCGUAUUUUCCAAUGAGUAUUUGUUUACAAACUGGUCAGGUUUCUACAGGCCAUUCAUGGCCAUCAUUAGGAAGUUCAACUUCGUGUGAAGCAAACUUAAGAAAAGUUGAUAGGAGAGAAGCAGCAUUAAUGAAGUUUAGACAGAAAAGAAAAGAGCGAUGCUUUGAUAAGAAAAUUAGGUAUGUCAAUCGGAAACAACUUGCAGAAAGGCGACCUCGUGUUAGGGGACAGUUUGUGAGAAAGUUGAAUGGUAUUAACGUGGAUCUAAAUGGACAACCUGCUUCCACCGACUAUGAUAAUGAUGAGGAGGAGGAGGAUGAAAGCAAUGAUGUGAGAGAUUCCUCUCCUAAGGAUGCUUGAGAAGGUCAAUUUGCCUCUUUGGCCUAAGCGUGCAGGCACAAUGAAUUCUUCCCUGCACUAAAAUUGUCCUUUUCAGGACUUGCCUCUGAUCCUUGCUUUGAUGGAAAAUUAUUGUGUCACCAUAGUUGACGAGUGCGUGCCCUUGAUUCGACUUCGACCUUCAGGGAUGCUGAUUCAAUUCCAUUGCGCACCCUCAUCCUGUGGAGUUAAAACAAGCUCUUGCUUGGUCUCUUUUGAAUAUCACUUUUUCAAAUGAUUCAUUCUACUGAGCAGAAGAUGAACCUCCUGCUGGUUAUGUCCAAUGCGUUUAAAAGUUUCACACUUAUGUUUACUUGGAACUGUUUGGAGCAGGUUGUAGUUGUUCAUAAUUACAAAGAAUAUGUCAGACACCUUUAAAUUACUACGAGUUUUUGGUCGAACAAAAUUA